AUGUGGCACAAAAAUUUGAUUAAUUCGAAUCGGGUAGAAUUUGAUAAUUUUGAAUGUAAUGCAAUUUAUCGUCGUGCAGAAGGAAGUACAAGUUCAAAUGAAAAAGAACAAACAUCCGAUGAGAUUGAUCAAAAAUCGAAAGUGAUUGUUCCAUUACCUUAUCAAACAACACGAAAUUGUACAAAAAUUUUAAUUGAUAGUAAAAAUCGUUUAACAUGUGAUCAACGUUUAAAAGCAAUUAUUUUACAUAAAGCAGCAUCAGCUUAUUUUUGUCUUGUUGAUCGGUGUGAACAAGAUAAAAAUUAUGGAUCUUGUUUACAUUAUCUUCGUUUAGCACUCAAUUGUUAUAGUGCCGAAUUUAAACUUCAAUCAAUGCAUCCCAAUAAUAAUAAUAGUGAAUGUAAAAGAUUAUUAUCAUAUAUAAUGAGUAUAGCUGGUGAUUGUCGUUUAAUGAUAUCACAUGUAACAUCAACAGAAGACUUCGAAAAAUUUCGUGAACAAUAUCAAAUUAUGAAUGAUAUUGAUUGUGAUAUUCAAAAUGUUAUUGAUGAAGUUGGAAUAGAUGAAAAUUCUUCUGAAUUUUCUUGGGUUUACGAAUUAACACCAAUUAUUGAACGUAAUCUAUCUGCUAGUGCACAUGCUUAUGAAUAUGCGAUUAAUAUAGUUCAAAAUCUUGGUGAUCAUGAUAAACAACGUCUUCAUUUAUUAAUAAAACGUUUAGGUAAUGUUAGAAAUGAAAUGGGUGUUUAUUGGAUGAAUCAAUGUGCUCAAGCAAUAAAAAAUUCCGAUCAAGAAACAACAAAAGAUAUAAAAGAUUUAUUUCGAAAAUGUUUUGAAAAUUUUGAUGCUGGUAUUCAUGCAUUUGAAAAAAUUAAUGAUAUAUCAAAUAUUGCAUUAUUACAUUCAAAUCUUGGUCGAUUAAUGAGAUAUUAUGCACAAUAUUAUGUUCCAUUAGUUGAUGGUAUUCGACAAGAAUUUUCACAACAAGAACGACAAAGUUAUCAUAAAGCUUUUGAUUAUUAUCUUCGGGGAUUAAAAUUAGUUGAAAAUCGUUCAGAUUUAUUUGAAAUUUAUCGUACAUUAUCAUGGGAAUUAUCAAAUAGUUAUUUUGCAAUGGCAAUAUCACUUCAAGAUUAUGCACCAUUGAGUACAAUGUCUCAAGAAGAUGUUGAAAAAGAAGUAAUUGAAUGUAUGACACGUGCAUUAAAAUAUCUUGAAGUUGAACUUCAUUAUCCAUCAUCAAACCGUUAUUCUCUAGCAAAAUAUCGAGCUGGUACAAUUCAUCAUCGUUUGGCUUCAUUAUUACAUAAUGCAUUUCGUACAGAAGAAAGUAAAAUUCGUCGAAAACAUUUACGUUCAUUAGCUUCGUUACAUUAUGAAAAAGCUUUAAAAUUAUUUUCACCUCAUGAUAAUCCACUUGAAUAUUUACGUCUUUUAAUUGAAGAAGUUGCUUUAGCUGAUUUUGAACUUCAAAAUGCAACUGAUAAUCCAUCACGUUUAAAAUAUUCUCAACAAGGAUUACGUGCAUCAUUUCAAUGUCAAGAAACAAUAGCUAUUAUUGAUCAACAUCGAAUAAGUCCCGAUCCCGAUGAUUAUAAUGAAAUAUUUGCACAAGAGGCUCAACGUCUUUUAUCUAUAUUAAAUGGACGUAUUCAAACAUUUCUAAAAGAAAUUGUUAAAAUAUUAAAAAUAACAAGUAGUAAAAAAUUAAUCUAUGAAGAUUAUAAAGAAAUGUAUAGUAUAUCAUUACGAUUAAAUGAUACAUCAGCAACAUUUCCACGUGAUUUAUAUGACGCAAUUGAACGUUUAAAAAAGAUUUAUGAUAAAAAUACCAGUGACUAA